CGCCGGUCGCCGGCGGACCGCCGAACAUGCCGCCUCCGCCGGCACCCGGCCAACCGGCCGGAGCUGCUCCGGAGCUGUCGCUGAGCUUUGGCGCCGGCAAGGCCCCCCGACUGCCGCCCCCGCACCCCCCUCGAGGGGUCAGUGCCCCCACCAGUCCGGCCAAGUCGCGCGAAAGCCUGCUGCAGCGGGUGCAGAGUCUGACCGGCGCUGCCCGCGAUCAGGGAGCCUCCAUCUUGGGAGCCGCGGUUCAGAGCGCCACACAGCGGGCACCGACCUUCAACAAGGACAAGUACUUCACGCUGCUGGUUUUGGAUGACCAGAACACGGAUUGGUCCAAAUACUUCCGGGGCAGGCGAUUGCACGGCGACUUCGACAUCCGAGUGGAGCAGGCCGAGUUUAGGGACAUCACCGUGGUCUCCAGCGCCGACACCGGGCCCGUUGUCACCAUGGCCGCCUAUCGCAGUGGCACUCGGGUGGCGCGUUCCUUCCGACCGGACUUUGUGCUAAUUCGCCAGCCGCCGCGCGAUGGAUCCAGCGACUUUCGCUCCACGAUCUUGGGCUUAAAAUACGGUGGAGUACCCAGCAUCAAUUCGCUGCACUCGAUCUACCAGUUUCAGGACAAGCCCUGGGUAUUUUCGCAUUUACUCCAGUUGCAACGACGCCUUGGACGCGAUGGCUUUCCACUGAUCGAACAGACCUUCUUCCCCAAUCCACGCGAUUUGUUCCAGUUCACGAAGUUCCCCAGCGUGCUGAAGGCUGGACAUUGCCACGGCGGCGUCGCCACCGCUCGGCUGGAGAACCAGAGCGCCCUGCAAGAUGCCGCCGGACUGGUGAGCGGUGCCGGGAACGACUCGCAUUGUUACUGCACCAUCGAGCCCUACAUCGAUGCCAAGUUCAGCGUGCACAUCCAGAAGAUUGGCAACAACUACAAGGCGUUUAUGCGCAAAUCCAUCACCGGCAAUUGGAAGACCAAUCAAGGCUCGGCCAUGCUGGAGCAAAUCACUUUAACCGAGAAGUACAAAAGCUGGGUGGAUGAGAUAUCGGAGCUCUUUGGCGGCAUGGAAGUGUGUGGUCUCUCCGUCGUGGUGGCCAAGGAUGGGCGCGAGUACAUCAUCAGUGCCUGCGACAGCACCUUCGCCCUCAUCGGAGACACCCAGGAGGAGGACCGCAGGCAGAUCGCCGAUCUCGUAUCCGGACGCAUGCAGAAUGUCUGUCGUCCCAGCAUGGCACAGACGGGACCAGGGAAGUUGCCCUCCCGCUCGUCGGUCUCCUCGCGGGCGGAGUCUCCCACGGACGAGGGCAUGGCGCCCACUCCGCCGCUGCCGGCUGGACCGCGCCCCGCUCCAAUGGGCGGACCACCGCCGAUUCCGGAGCGCACCUCGCCGGCGGUGGGCUCGAUUGGGCGGCUGAGCAGCCGCAGCAGCAUCUCGGAGCUGCCGGAGGAGCCCUCCUCCUCGGGACCCAGCACAGUGGGCGGCGGAGUGCGCCGCGACUCGCAGACCUCGCAGUCCUCGACCAUCUCCUCCUCGGUGUCGCGACCCGGAGGCCAGAGGCCACCGCAGAGCCAGAGUUCGGUGGUCGAGGACGCCGAGGACACCAUGAAGAACCUGAGGAAGACCUUUGCGGGGAUAUUUGGUGACAUGUAGGAAAUCGCUAACAAGAAGCGCGGCAGAACGGCCAGCGAGACGAGCAGCGGCAGCGGGCCAGGCAGUGUGCCCAGCAGCGCGGGACCGGGAAGUGGAUUCAGUGGCUCCUUCCUCGGCAAGCAGUUCUCGUUCGCCGGCAAGGGGGCGCCCGAGGUGGGCGUGAUCUCCACGCAGCCUACGCGGCCAAGUGAAGAGCCCCCGGCAAUUCCAACGACGGCGACGACGGCCAGCUCAGCCGUCCGGCCGGAGAGCAGCGUUUCGAUUAGCGGUACAACAAAUACGGAUACGAACGGAGCGGGUUACCAGCCGGUGACCAACUAUGAGCAGCAGGAGCGGGUCAAUCCGUUCGACAAGGAGCCCAAGAAGUCGGGCAGUGCGGCCAGCAUACACACCUCGCCCUCCUCCUCGAUGUCAUCCUCAUCCAUCUCGUCGCGCAUAAAUCGCAAUGGGAAUCCCAUUAAGUCACCGCCACCGCCGGCGGGUCCACCACCUCCACCACCCACCAAUGUGGUGGCCAUGGGCAGCAAUGCGAACAGUUCGAGUGGCUACAGGAACAGUUUCAGCAGUUCUUUAAGCAAGGACAAGACCAGUUAUGGCAACUAUGGCAGCACCACCUCGGUGGAGACCAUCACGCGAAUGGAUACGAACACCACGAACACCGGAGCCACGGCAACGGAAGCGGGAGAAGCGAGUGGCAUCACGGCCAUCACAAAUAUCAGCAACAGUGCUGCAGGAGGAGGAGGUGGAGCAGUGGCUCCCACCACCACGGGAACCAUCACCACAUCGGUGACCACCAACGAUUGGAGAUCAGCCAUCGGGAUGCGAUCGGCGAGUGUGUAUAGUGCACCGGCGGCAGUGACCACCACCGUGCUGCCGGGCGACACAUCUGGCUACGAUUCCAACUCGAUCGCCUCGCAGGGCGAGGGACUCAACAAUCCCAGCGAUCUGCCCUCGUACACACGACCCUCGUACUCGCGAUCCGAGAGCAAUGCUUCAAAGCAGUCGGAUCUGGAUGUUAUCUUCGGGGACAGCAAGACCACUCCGGUUUCCUACGGAAAUGGAAAGUACACCCGGGCUGCAGGAUCUCUCUCAGAUGCCGAUAUGAUCUUCGGAGGACCGCCCUCCAACUACAAAAGCGAUCGAUUCGGGGCCGCCAAAAGCAUGAGCAUGAGUUCCAGUGGAAUGGGUUCCGGAAACGGAACCGGAUCGGGCAGCUAUAAGAUCUACGAGGGCAUCCAGAAUGCAGCAUUCAGCGACUUUAGCGAUUCGGGAAGCAUGAGUAGCAUCGGAUCGCACACCAAACGCUGGAGUGCCAGCAAAGAGGAUGACGAGGAGCUGGACUUGAAGUGAAUCCAAGAAAAAUUCCAAACCAAAACCAUCACCUACAGUCACUCACACACACACUAAGACAAGCAAACUAUAGAAUUCUAUCUAUUUUCUGCCUCUGAAGUUUCCUGGUUUCAUGGGAAAAAACACACUAAGCAUAUACUCACCCACUUAGACCAUAAACUUUUGGUUACUAUCGUUUCAACUGUCAACUAUCUUGAUCGAAACUCUUUCCUCUCAUUCAUAUAAACAUGACAAAAGUAAAAAAAAAUGAUGAAGCAGCUGAAAAUGCUAUGUAGACACUGUAGUACACUACUAAUAUAUAAUUAUAACCACCAAUGCAACAACAAUAAUGCAAAACCCAUUAGAUAUGUGCAAUGAAAUGUCGAAAUGCCGAUGACUUGACUGGUUUUGCAGAAUGAUAAAACUUAAAGAACGAGGAACCUAUUUAAUUACCAUACUUAAAAACAUUUUGAAACAUUUUCCAAGGCGAACAAAUUAUAUAUUAAAUAUAUUAUUGAGACAAAUAUUGAAUUAUAUAACGACAUAUUAAACCAAUUGAGAGUUGAUGACAUAAAAAGUAUUCGCAAGCGUAUAUUACAUGUUAACCUGCUAAUGAAUCAAUGGGAGAACUUUUAAGUAAAUGGAAUAUUAAUGAAUCUGUUAUAUACCAACAUGAGACACAUAUGAAAUCCUAUAAAAAAAACUAUAUAAAAUAAAAGACAAUAUGCGCAAAGUAUAACAAACAUAAUAUAUACGCGAUCUAAUUAUAAUGGAUAAAUCGGUUAACGAACUAUAUGUAUUCGGAAAUUACUAUGAGCAAAUGUUACAUACCAAACACGAAAAUGGAAAACACAAGAACAGAAGCUACUCACACACAAAGUAAAUGUUUAUUACCACAAAUAUUAUGAUUAUUAUUAUGAUGUAUUAGCAGUUAAUGUUUACAAACAAGACGAGCCGGCAUCGAGGGCUUCGAAAGAUAUGGAAAGAUUGGAAGUACCAACCAAGCACGACAAGCAAUGUUAAUCUAGGCUGAACCAACCGAGCAACAAUAACGAACCAAACAUAUUCGAAAAUCUAGCGAUCCCAUGCGAUCCACAUAAAUUUACACGGUUUAGUCGGUACUUGAAGGUCGAAGAAAAGAAAAGUUGGAGUUAGAGGCAAUGAUAUUGAGGGAUAUUUAGAUAAUAUACACAAAUAAAUAUUUAUAAAUGUUGCAAGCGACAACAACGAAGUCAUAUUAUCCAUUCAAUAUAUAAACAAUAGCUUCAAUUGGUUAGGACUAUGAUUUAGCGACAAAUGUUUGAUAAAUGUUUUUUGUUACGCACAUGGUUAAGCAUUAUUUAGAGCAAUAGACAAUUUUACAUAUGUUACAUUUGAAAUAAUAGUAGCAAUCAUUUCAAUUGGGUUGUAAACUUAUCUCUUUUAUUAACUAAAUGCAUUAGAGAAUUUUAAAUAACGUUAUAUGCAGGGGAAUAUAAGAAAAGAAUACUUGAAAACUUGUUAAUUUACCAACUCUCUUCGAUUUUAGUAGAAUCUACAUUUGGGAAUGCUACAAAUAUUUUAAUCUAAACAAAUUUACAACUAUACAAGAAUAUUGAAUACCCAUUGUUUUCGGUUUGGGCCAAUUGGGCCCGGUUACUCCAUUCUAUAUCAUCCUACCAUCUAUAUACAAAUAUAUAUAUUAAAUAUGUAUGUAAUUAUAAGUGAAUCUUUGGCUACAAGUACUUUUUCGUAAUCGUAAACAUCAUCAUUUUAAUCGAACUGGCACAUAUUCAUGGAAUGUUUUAUAAACAUAUAUUUAUAACGACAAAUGUAGAACAGAAAGUACAUAAAUACAGGCAUCGAUCGAGCAAUUCGAUGAGCAUAUAUCAUGGCACUAGACCCACAACUUACAUCAACUCACCCCAUAACAAUAUCGUGCAUCAAGUGAACAGAAAGUGCUGAAUACAUAAAUUGAAACUCAAACGAAAUACUCAAGCAUAAGGCAUACGUAUAACUUACACGACUUCUUAUCUGUUGCAAAAUAUACCAAAUAAAUACUCGUAUUAUUGUGAAAGUAUAGCAAGAAAUAUGUACUUAUAUGUUGUCUGUAAUUGAUUCACGUUCCCCCUUAAAAUCCCCCAAAAACCCCACAAAAAAUACGAAAAGAGCUGGGGUUACACCCACUCACUUGGUACUCACAAAUUUACUGCAAAUCUCUAUAUAUAUAUACAUAUAUACUACGAAUUAUUCCAAUGAACAGCGGCAACUGCAAUGGCUAAGAAAACAAAACCAAAAGUAACAAUAAAUGAGUUGAUGAUUGAUACAAAAGCAAA